CUCGCUGUAAGGGAAGAAAACACCAUGGUUGCACGGGUUACCCUGCAUAACAUGCGCCAGGACCGCGACGAACCAAUCCGUUCAUUCGGCGCUCGCCUCCGUGGUCAAGCUGGGGUAUGCAAGUUCAUCAUGACGUGUCCUGGUUGUUCAGACGACGUGAACUACACAGAGGCUGUACUCCGUGAUGUGUUGACACGAGGCCUGGAGGACACCGAAAUACAACUUGACCUACUCGGGGACAAGAACCAGGAAAUGACCCUUGAAGAGGUGUUUCAAUUCGUUGAGGCGAAAGAAUCGGGCAAACGCUCCGCCUCGCGUCUAAUCGACCCACACACUAAUGGUGCCGAAGCAGUCAGCAGCUCUUACAAACGUGGCAUAAACGAUUCUCUAAAAGAUCGCAGUAGGUAUGACAAUACGAAUAUUGACAAGUCAGAAUUGUGCUCAUACUGCGGUAAGAAAGGCCACGGAGUCCGUAACCUCGCCAAGGUUAGACAGAAGGAAUGCCCUGCGUAUGGCCACACAUGCCAACGCUGUGACAAAAACCACCACUUUGACAGCAUGUGCAGAGGCAGGAACAAGGCUAAGUACAAGACGAUGGCAAAGUCAUUUGAUGAACACGAAGGUGCGGUGUUCGACCACUUGUGCUCAAUCACUACUCCUGCUCGACGCAACGGUGGAAAUAUAACUCUCGACCACCACCUUUACAACCAACUAUCAGACACUUGGAUAAGGCGCAAGUCCAAACCUCAGCCGUUCGUUAACCUCACAGUGGGGGCACACCCUGAAGACUACAAACGUCUUGGUCUUACGCUCACAUCCACACCCAGGUCAGUCGUCAUCCCUUCAAUGGCUGACACUGGUUGCCAAAGUUGCCUGGCGAGUCUCAAGGUCGUCAAUCGGCUCGGUCUAGGUAAGGCCGACCUCAUCCCAGUGACAUUGCGGAUGAAUGCAGCCAACAACAAAGGCAUCAACAUCUUGGGUGCAGCAAUCCUACGUUUUUCUGGCAAGGACACAUCUGGCAAUACGCUUGAGACACGCCAAGUUACGUACAUCACUGAUAACUCAGACAAACUCUUUAUCAGCAGAGAAGCUUGCAUUCGCCUAGGCAUGAUCAGAGACACAUUCCCAACUGUAGGUGAAACCAGCAACGAUCAGGCGGCACAUUCUGGUAGUGAUGACCACCUAGCUCGUGACGAAAAUGACAGCGGGCUCGCGACCGAGUGUGAAUGUCCUCGACGCCAGCUGCCGCCCCCACCACCGUCGAGUCUACCAUUUCCAGCGACUGAAGACAAUCGAGAGGAGCUGAGACAAUACCUCCUUGAUCGUUACAAAUCGAGCACAUUCAACACGUGCGAACACCAACCACUGCCGAUGAUGGAAGGCCCCCCGCUACAUCUAAUGGUGGACCCAGAUGCCGAACCCGUAGCAGUACAUUCUCCCGUGCCUGUACCCAUC